CUGGCGGGUGAAUUCCCAGUGCCGGCUGAGGUUGGAGCUUCUAGACCCUGGGAGGGGACCUGGUACAUCCAGAUUGGAGGCACACUCCUGGAGCUGCCCUGUCAGACCAUGGACCCCGAGGUAUCUCUGCUGCUACUGUGCCCUCCUGGGGGACUGCCCCAGGAGCAGGUAGGUGUGGAGCUGAGCCCUGCCCAUGACCGCCGUCCACUGCCUGGAGGGGACAAUACCAUCACUGCCAUCUGGGAGACCCGGCUACAAGCCCAACCCUGGAUUUUUGAUGCACCCAAGUUCCGCCUUCAUUCAGCCACACUGGCAUCCAGCUCCACCCAGCCACAGCUGGUCCUGCGUCUGGGUCUGACUUCCUACCGGGACUUCCUGGGCACCAACUGGUCCAGCUCAGCCUCUUGGCUGCGACAGCAGGGAGCUGCAGACUGGGGAGACAAGCAAGCCUAUCUGGCAGACCCACUGGGGGUGGGUGCUGCAUUGAUCACGGCUGAUGACUUCCUUGUCUUCCUGCGCCGUUCUCAACAGGUGGCUGAGGCACCUGGGCUGGUGGACGUGCCUGGUGGGCAUCCUGAGCCUCAGGCCCUGUGCUCCAGCGGCAGCCCCCAGCACAAGGACCUCCCUGGGGAACUGGUGGUACGUGAACUCUUCUCCAGUGUCCUACAGGAGAUCUGUGAUGAGGUGAACCUGCCACGGCUCACCUUGAGCCAGCCACUGCUGUUGGGCAUCGCCUGCAAUGAGACCAGUGCGGGCAGAGCCAGCGCAGAGUUCUAUGUCCAGUGCAGCCUGACUUCUGAGGAGGUCAGGAGCCAUUACCUAAGUGGGGGACCUGAGGCCCAUGAGUCUACAGGCAUCAUCUUUGUGGAGACAGAGAGGGUGCAGAGACUGCAGGAGACCGAGAUGUGGGCCCAGCUCUGCCCUUCAGCCAAAGGUGCCAUCCUCCUCUACAAUCGCCAUCCUCCUCUUCAGUAGGGUGCUGGGGAAGUCCCACCUGCGUCACCCUAGCGUCUCAGCCCUAUCACUAUAGCUCUGAAGACAAUAAAGGACUUUAUUCUUGGA